AUGCUUUCCCAUGUCAUCUACGUUCUUCUGCACGUCCAGCAUCCCAUUUGCCUCGGGCCGCCGCAAAUCUAUGUUAUCGAAGCCAGUGAGGGAAAAGGUCUGGGAGCUUUCGCUACUCAUGAUAUGGAGAUUGGCGAUAUCGUCAUGCGCGAGACACCCGUUCUCAAGAUCCGCUUACCAAAGCUAGCCAAAGGAAGCCCAUAUCCCAUGGCUGCAGUGGCGAAGCUACUUCAUGAGCAAUUUGACACACUUCCACUCGUGGCAAAAGAGGAGAUUCUCUCGUUGACACACGAAUCCAACACUGUGGACCAGAAGAGCACGGAUUCUCUAGGUACCAUCUUUCGCAACAAUGCUUAUAAUACCGGGAAUCAAGUCGGCCUGUUCCCAAAGAUCGCUCGCAUCAACCACUCGUGCCGACCAAAUACGAGCUACUACUGGAGCGAAAGGCUGAACAAGCGCAUCGUGUACGCGACACGCAAGAUAAAAGCAGGGGAAGAGUUUUUUGUGUCUUACAUCUCCCUACUGCUCAGCCAGGAAGACCGCCAAAGGCAGCUUGAUCGGUUUGGAUUCAAGUGCCAUUGCGAAGCAUGCGCACAGGAGCGUGCCGCUCAACAAGCCAGCGACAAUCGCCGAGUCACGAUCAAGAACGCAUUCACAAAGUUCGAGCCUCAACUCGUUCUCGCGGCUCCGCAAUCCAAGGCUGGGAAACGCCAGGCGCGAAAAGAUGCUGCAGUGAGCGUGCAGCUCGCCCAACUCGUACAAGACGAGGGCCUUGCCGAUUACUACGCCAAAGCCUACAGGAUCGCAGCCAUAAGCCACGCCAGAGCGGAAGAUUGGGCGACGGCAGCCAAGUGGGCAAACAGAGGGUACGAGAUACGCUACAUGGAGGACCCAGAAUCGUCGAGCACAUUGGAGCUGCACCACCUCACCAGCACUUUCAUAUCAAACUGGGAAGCAGAGUUGCGGAGUGGAGCCUCGACAUGA